UGACAAGUUAGAUCAAGAGAAACAUAGUUCAUGUUCAGUACUGGCUAUUGAUAUAUUCAACACUCAUCAUCCACUCCUCUCUCAGUCUCUCUCUGAUCCUGUCAGCGUAGCUAUUAUGCUUCAAAGAGAGGGUGUCAUAACAGGACAAGUAUUGGCUAGUGUGGCAUCAGCUAGUCCCUCUGUUCCUAAUCAACGUGAAGUCCUGUUAGCUGCCAUUAUAGUAGCUAUUGAAAGCAAGUAUAGUUUACUACAAACAUUUGCUAGUGUGUUGUGCAAGUUCACUGGUAAUGUAAAACUAGGAACAGUUAUACAAAAAGACUAUGAUAAAACAUUUAAUGACAAUACACAAGUGAUAUCCGAUGAUGAAGCUCAAGAAUCUUCUGAUUCCUCUGGUUCUGAUUCCAAUAAAUCAACAACUACUAAUGUUGCUCCUCUUUAUAUUCCACAAUAUAAAAGUCAAGAUUUCGAUGUGCUUUUUGCAAAAUUUGCUAAAAUGUUUUCUAAUGUUUGCAAAGUUAUUGCUAAAUGUCCUCCUCCUUUAGAAGAUCUUAAGAUGUUCAUUGAAGAUUUCAACUCUGACCUUGAAGCAGAAUUGAGUAUGAUUAGUAAUCUUCAAGGUAUCAUGCAUCUUAUUAGAAAAAAUUGCAGUCUCAUUAAUAUUGUAAUACUUGAAGCUGUUGUUGAACACUUUGAGAUUGAUGAUGCUCAGAAAUACAUUGACAAUUACAAGAGGGAAAUUGAUGAAUCAUGUCGUAAUUUAUCAGUUGAUCUGUGCUUGAAUCAGCCAUUUGAUGUAGUUAGGGCCAGUCCUCCUCUUAAAUGUGAAACCGUCUCUUAUGUACUUGGAUGGGAAGCUACUGAGCAUAAACUAAAAGAUGUUACAGAUAUCGUAUCAAAAUCUUCUGGUAAAUUUGUGAAACUGGAACCACUGGAAGAAGAGGUACAGGAGAUAAAGGAACAACCUCAUGAUACAAAGGAAGAGAGAGUAGCAAGACUGGAGGAGAAAGAAACAGAAGGAGCAACACCUCAAUCAGUAAUUAAUCAAGAUAUACUAUCAACUGUUACAAGUGUGACAAUAUUUAACAAACAAUUAAUGAAAGAAAUAAAGACAAACAAACAAUUAGAAGAAACACUAACAAAAAUGAGACUAAAGGAAAUUCAACAACAUCUGUUUUUACGAAAUAGUUCUAGAUCAGCAUCAUACAGAAUCAGAAGAGGAAUGAGAAUGGAAAUAGAGCAAUUGCACUUAUUUUUAACAAAUAAAACUGGUUUACUGUAUCAGAAUGAAUCAUUAAUAGAUAUUAAGAGAGAAAUAGCUGAACUACAAGAACAGAUAUCAGUAAUGAGUGUACAUAUACUAAAUGAAAGAGAAGAGAAUAAAAAAUAUAGAAAUAUAAUAAGAAUGAAUAAACCAACAGCAGAAUCUGUUUUUAUUGCUCGUUAUGACUAUCAUGCAAUAGAAAGUGAUGAAAUAUCAUUCAGUGAGGGAGAGCAGCUGGAGAUAUAUGAGAAGGAGAUUAGUUUUUGGUGGAAAGGAAGAUCUUUGGUGUCUGGUGAUGAGGGAGUCAUUCCUAGUAGUUGUGUUUACUCAAUGUUUGAGUCACUUCAAUUGUUAGAGUUUAUACUGUCAGUGAAAGAAGUGUCUCUUCCUAUUUUACAGAAAAUAAGGAAUGAUUCAUCUAGUAAUGAUGAGAAAGCUUCUCUUUUCUUGGAGACUAUUAAUGAUGAUGCUAUUAUGAUAUCUGCACUGAGGGAAGACAAGGAACAACAUGAUGAAGGUAAUAUUUGUGAAUAUUGUGACAGUCAGUAUAUACUUAUUCAUGAACAUGUAUACCGGUACAUUUAA